CUAUGUGGUGCGACAUUCCUGGCUUGCGACACUGGACCGAGACACAGUCUUUCAAUCCCCCAGAAUCGGAACAACAAGGGCCUAAACAGGCCAAAUACACACCAUUUGCCGUCCUAGCGGCCUCGCCAGUCUGACAGCAAAUCCGUAUUUCCCCUCUUUCUUCAGCUUGCUCCUCCACUUCCGUCUCCUCCUUCUCUUCCUCAUCCUCCUCUUCCUCCUCCAUAUACAGUGUCGUCUCAUUUGUCGCGACACACCCGCGACACCUCGCGCCCCAGUCUUAUUCCCUCACACUGAUAAAUCCACCACUAGCAACUCUGGAAACAUUGCCACCAUGUCCAAGCCAGAAACCGAAGUGAGUGCUACUCCCGAAAUUGACGACGUCAAGACUGACUCCGUCGCCAAGUCUGAAGAAGUCGAGCCAAAGCAAGACUCCCUGGCCAAGGAACCAGUCUCGAAGGAGCCAGAAGCUGAACAAGCUGAAGAGCCAAAGAAGAGAGCUGCUGAUGCUGGUGACGCGUCUAAGGACAAGAAGAAGUCCAAGAGAAGAAGACGCCAGUAUGAGGAUGACGUUCCAAAGGAAAAGGAGCAGGAUGAGGACGACGAUGAUGAAGAGGGUGAAGACGAGGAGAACUAUAACGAAGAGCCUGAGGAGGAUGAAGAGGACGACUUGUUAGAAAUCGACGAGUCCAACAUCAUUACCACUGGCAGAAGAACCCGUGGUAAGGUCAUUGACUACACCAAGGCUGCUGAGAAGUUGAAGGAAGAAGAAGGUGCCAUCAGAGAGGAGGACGAAGAAGAUGGCGAGUUUAACGAGUAGAAGUGAUGUAACAAUAUACGCGACAGAAGAGAGCUGUAGGACGAAAUGGGUUCGUUAAACUUGGCUAGGGGUUAGCUAAGGAUUAGAGUAUUGCUUACACCAAAAAUAGUGGCUUUUUGGCUCUGGGAAACUUUUCAGCAGGUCAUUUCAAAACAACUAUACUAAAUUGAAAAUAACUUUCAGUAUGGGGAACUAUCGUCGAAUGUACCAUGGUUCAUAUUUGCUAGAAUCCAGUUGAGUCUGGAGACUUUACCAUUCUCUGGUUUGAUAAGUCACCAAUCCAACUACUC